GGAUGUUUUGAAUGACAAAUAAUCACAAACAAUGGCAUCCAGAGGUAGUGGUUCUGACCGGUUUGAGUAUCUGCAGAACCUUGUGACAGAAUUUCAGGACACCGACAGUGAAGAGGCAAAAGAGCAAGUUUUAGCCAACCUGGCUAACUUUGCUUACGACCCCCAAAAUAUGGAAGACUUGAUAAGACUGCAAGUAACAGAGCUUUUCUUGGAUAUGCUCACGGAGGAAAACGAAAAUUUCGUCGAAUUUGGUAUUGGUGGUUUGUGCAACAUGAGCAUGGAACGCGAGGCCCGCGACGAGAUCCUCCGCAGCGGUGGCGUCGACCUGGUGAAGAACUGUCUGUCCAGUCGGCGAGACGAGACGGUGCUGUCCGCCAUCACAACCCUGAUGAACCUUACCACACCGAGCUCCCGCAGCCAAACCGCCGACGAGGCGGUGGUGCAGUGCAUGGUGCGCCUGUCGCUCUCUGAUAACGCUCGCAUGUGCAACCUGGCCACUGUUUUCUUGGAGGAUUAUUGUCCCGACGAACAAGUGAAGCGUGCCAGAGAGACCAUCAGAGACGGGCAGUCCCAGACAGCGCUUGGAAUACCGCUUCCCCAGAGAUCCAACAGAUGAGAUCUGAAUUUGUGCUUUAGACGAAAGCCUCUUGAUAAGAGGACUUAGCAACUUUGUUGACCUGAAAACAUGCUAUUAAUAUUGAUAGCCUACUAUUGACAACACUAUCCCAUUAACAAUACAUUGUUGUAGGAGUUCAGUGAUAUGUUUCAUUAUGUCUCCUGAACAGAGGUGCCCAACGUUUAAUUACAAGCGCCUGUUGGAUCUAUAACGGCGUCUACACCUCAGUACGAUGGAAUAACAGGCGUAACUGCUACAUAAUAUUAUAUUUCAUACAAGUAUUGCACUGGAAUACAAUAGGACUACUUUUACCACCUCUGCUUCUAAAAAAGAGAGUUCAUCUGAUGGAUGGCCUGCUUUGUGUUUGGACACAAGGCUGCUAUACCCAAACAGGGCUCUUGGGGGAGACUGCAUCCCUGAUUCUAAUGGGGUUGGCCUACUGGUGUCUACUACACAUGCUGUGCUAUGUGGACUGGGUGCAGUUAUGGAAAACAGCUGCAGCAUUUCAGAGGAUACCAAAACGUAGCAGCUGUCACUGCCACACAACGUUGAAACUUUCAACAUGUACCCUUAAGAGGAAACUUUGUCUUUCCAAUUGGUUCAAGUCUCAUAUUUACACAAGUUUGCCACAUCAUGUUUACAUCAAAACUGUUUGUUUGUUUUGUAUAAGAUUGAGAUCUCUCCAGCAAAAUAAACAAGCACAAGUUCA